GAUCAAUCAUGCGUAUUUUAAAGUACUGGGCCUUGUCUCGUUCGUCGGUCAACCCCACAUCAGCGCCAUCAAAUUGUUUCCGAAACAAAUGGCGCCUAGCCUACGACGUUAACAAUUCGCCUACCCGCAGCAUUGUUGAGGAAACAUCCGAGUUAGGCAAUUGUGCUGGAGAUUAUACUGGAUAUAUUAGAAAUAUCAGAAUACAAAUUUCAAAAAACUCGACAUAUAAAGCGACCAUGAGCCUUGAUUUGGUUUACGUGCCAUCCCAUCUAGUUUCGUACUAAAUCUCAAGCAUUUCAUCACUAUGGUUGUACCAUCUGCUUAUCAAAUUUACAGCCGGCGCCAGCAGGGCCUUGCAGAGACGAGCCGUUUGAUCUUGGAGUUCGCCGGAGUGGAAUAUGUGAAUGUCUUUGUUCAGGAUUGGGAGCAGGAAAAGGAAACCACUCCACUGCAACAGCUACCCGUGCUUCGAGUUUUAAAAGCCGAUGGACAAUGGAAACAAAUCUCAGAAAGCCAUACCAUGGAACGAUUUCUUUCUCAUACCUUGGGACUCAUGGGUGAAGAGCCACUGGAAGCGGCUUUUACAGACAUGUAUCAUGCAGCAUGGACAGAUAUGAUGUCUAUGUUCAUGUGGAAAGUCUGGCGGGCUCCUAAUGACGAGUCAAAACGCCAGGGAGCAUCUGAGUUUUGGGUUGAGUUCCCCAAGUUCUUGAAGAAACAUGAUUCCAUUCUGGAGAAAACUGAUGGGCCCUUUUACUUGGGAUCUCGUCCUCAUCUCCCAGACAUUUACUCAUUCACUUGGCUCAACCGAUUCAUCACGAAAUGGCUCCCGUCACCACCAGAGUUGAUUACGGAAGAAAAUUAUCCUCAUUUGUGGGCUCUUUGGAAGGGUGUUCGGGAACUCGAUGGAAUCAAGAGCUAUAUAGAAAGUGGCAGGUGGGAAUUACCUCAGUAGACCUCAGAAAUAGUAAUUCAAUGCCCAGGAAAGCCAUAGGGCUGUCCUUGAGGCAUUUUGACCAGGAACUAAAUGAACUUUGCGGUUGGCAAUAUUCAACGCAAUAUGUGGUUCAAAAGCUCUUCAAACUUCUGGCUAUCCAAGGCAGCGCCAUGCCUUCAGCAAUUGUUAGUCUGAUUACUAGUCUC